GAAAGAUGGCGGAGGAAGAGCCAAGAAAAAAAAUCCCUUUGGUUCCAGAAAAUCUCUUGAAGAAGCGGAAGGCUUAUCAGGCUCUCAAGGCCACCCAGGCAAAGCAGGCACUUCUGGAAAGGAAGAAGCAGAGGAAAGGGAAAGGACUCAGGUUUAAGCGACUAGAAUCAUUCCUACUUGAUUCCCGACGACAACAACGUGACAGGGUGCGUAUCAGACGACUAGAAGUGAAACCACACGGCUUGGAAGUUCCAGAUGGACAUUCUUUGGCCUUUGUAGUACGCAUCCAAAGGAUUAAUGGGGUGAGUUUUCUGGUGCGGAAGACCAUUGCAAGACUUCGCCUAAAGAAGAUUUUCAGUGGUGUCUUUGUCAAAGUAACCCCUGUAACCCUAAAAAUGCUGCGUAUGGUGGAACCUUAUGUGACAUGGGGAUUUCCAAAUCUGAAGUCUGUCCGGGAACUCAUCCUAAAACGUGGACAAGCCAAGGUCAAGAAUAAGAUCUUCCCACUGACAGACAACACAGUUAUUGAGGAGCACCUGGGGAAGUUUGGUGUCAUUUGCUUAGAAGAUCUCAUUCAUGAAAUUGCCUUCCCGGGAAAGUAUUUCCAGGUGAUCUCACAGUUCUUGCACCCCUUCCAUCUCUCGGUGGCCCGUCAUGCUACCAAGAAUAAAGUGGGCUUUCUCAAGGAAAUGGGCUCACCUGGCUACCGUGGUGAACGCAUCAAUCAACUCAUUCGGCAGCUGAACUAGACCCAGGUGAGGCUGUCCUGAAAACUGCCUGUCAAGCUAGGUUUUAAUGGGGCUGUGCCUCAGCACUUACCCAUGUUU